UGCAGCUGCAAUUGGGGAUCCACAGAGCCGCACGCGCUACCCAUGACAGCCGCCUGCAUCUCCCCCGAUGCCGACCUCCUCCCGUCCAACCGCCCAACCAAUCCAACGACAAGCAGGGCAUGGCGUUUGCACUUGCAUCGCCAUGCCAUCGCAGCAGAAUCCCGUCAACACCCAGCUCACACCAUCUCGCUAUUCAGAUUCUCAUGUGCCAGCCGGACACACGCGAGACCUUUUGGUCCCCUAGCCUCCAUCUCACACUCCAUCAGCUCACUGCUAAUAUAUAUAUGCCAACCCCACACUGUUCUCCUCUCGCACACAGAACUCUGGAGCUCCUUGUCAUUGCCACCUUCGCAACAGUGCCAAUGGCGAGCCGCUGCGGCUCCUUGUCAUCAUUGCCAUGGCUGCUCUUGCUGGUGCUGGUCCUUGGCGACGCUGCGGCUGCGACGGCGAUGCCCAGGCCGCUGCUGGGCAUGGCCGAGCCGCCGGCAACCGCGCCGGGCACGGCAGUAGGCCCCGCAGGCGCGUCGCGGCCUCGGGGUGGCGGGAGGCCUGACCGUGACCGGUCGGUGGCUGGUGCGGAGGUGAUCCUCGCCGGGUUCGCUGCCGCGGUGAUGGUCACCAUCUUCUGCUAUAUCAGGGCCACCAGGAAAAACAGCGGCGGCAGCAGCAGCAGCAGCGAUGUGGGAGUGGGAUUGGGAUCGGGAGGGAAACAGCAGCGGGGUUUGUGAGGAUUCUGAUGAGCUUCUAAUGGGCGGAUAGGAACUUGUUUUUUCAGUUCAGAGUUCAGACUUUUACUAAGGGCUUGUAAAGGGGAUCAAAUGAGAAGACGGGGUAAAAAUAUAGUAUAGCAGGAUCUUCAGGUUCGUCGGAUCAGUCCACCCAUGACCAUGAGAAGAGUACAAGAGUCAAGACUGAUAUGGCUGAGGUGUGUAUUGUAUGUAUACAUGUAUUUUUCUGAUGAAAUCAGGUGAUAUAUGAGAAAAUAAAAGGUCGAAAGAA